CCGGAGCUGGCGGCCAUCUUCCGGGUGAUGGCGGACCUCCUCGGCGACCCGGCGUGGCCGCAGCUCCACCCGCGGCCCUGCACCGACACGCCAUGGCCAGGCCUACAGUGCGAGCUUGCGCCCGACGACACGUGCGUGCUCCGCGCCACCCGCCUCCACCUGGGCCCCGACGUCGCCACCCCGCCCUGCAGGCCCGGGGCCAGGCUCAACCCCGCCUCGCUGCGCGGCCUGCCGCACCUCCGGACGCUCUCCAUCUUCGUCUGUUUCGGCGCCGCCCAGGCCCCCGUCGAGUUGUCGCCCGCGCUAUUCACGUUGUCGUCCUCGCUCGAGCAGAUCGUGCUCAAGUCCAACCCUAGCCUCACCUCCCCCAUACCGGCGACGUUGGUUAUCAUUGUUUUUGAGGAAAAAAUGGCGUAUUAGUAUUGACACAUCGCGUAUCCAUAGGAAGUCUCGUAAUUGAUUAAUAAUAUCUUGUUGACCACAGGUGUAGCUAUUAGACAAUAUAUGGGUUUGAUAUAUGAACAUGUAUGGUGUUUAGUUGCUUCUUCUAUUUUGUUCUAAUUGAUGAAUAAAAAAUGAAUGGGUCUUUCCCUCCUGUCGGGAGAGCAUAUCUCAUGAAAUGAUCUAAAAUUAAUUACUAUUAAUACUUUUAUCAGCGGUGUUCGUGUACCGUCGCAACGCACAGACAACUAACUAGUUAUACUAUAUGCUGCUAAUCAAGCUAACAGAAAUGCAAUACAAAAAGCUAUUGUAAUGAUCCAAAUAAUUUCACGAAAUAAAACACAGAAACUCCCCUGAAGUCCUACGACUGUACUUUUUCAUUGCAGGAAAACUAAAAACAAGUUAAUAGCAGCACAUAAUAGAAUUAACAUCUUCAAAAUGA